AUGGUUCGAGCAAAAAAGACGUUUGCAUUUGUAACUGUCUCAUCCACCGUCAUCCAUACUGUCCCGAGGACUCGGACAGUGCGGAGAGGGCGGAGCGGCGAAGAGGCGCCGAGCCAUGUCAUGAUGUCGUGGGGACUAUUGGCUGCGUAUACCGUCGACCUCCCUAAUACUGUAUACACACACAAAUAA